UUUUAUGAACAAAAUCCCCAUUAAACCCCUCCACAACUACCAGAGACAUCAGCAGGUUCAAGUAACAUCAGCAGGUUCUUCUUCUUCCACACUCCAACAGGUCGCAUUUACAAUCUAAAGGUGCUUUUGAUCUGUUUGUUUUCUUCGAUUUGAUCUGUUUGUUUUGAAGAUUAGUUAGUUAAGUGUUAUAUGUGUUUGUUGUUCGUGUAGUAGUGGUGAUGGUUGACGGUUAUGAAAGUAGGAUAGUUCGUAUUUGGAAGAAUUAGGUUAAACUGAAGUUUUAUGACAAAAACCGUGUUUGAUUAUUAGUAGUUGCUGAUGCAGUUUUGCUUUGAUGUGUUGCGAAAUGUGUGAAUUCUGUUUAGUGACUUUUUACUUUGCCCUAGAAAUGGGCUUACUUUUUUCUUGUCCAUAAGUUAUUCACUGUUGUAAUCAAAUGAAAGACAGUCAUGAAACCUCCAUAAUAUCCUUUCCUGUUCUAAAAAAACGAUGCAAUAUCUAAAUUUGUUUAGCAUUUAUGCUUUAAGUUGCUAUGUUUAUAUAUCUGCCUUUUAUCUUACUAAAUUUUAAUACAUCAAUAGACAAUGACAUGGGCAUAUAUUGAUAUCAAUUUGUUUAGCAUUUUUGCUUUAAGUUGCUAUGCAAAACACUUUUGAAAGGAUGUCCUUUUUGGUCAUUUUACAUGAAUAAGUUAAACCAAACACUUUUUUAAAAAGUCCUCUUCAAAAAGUCAUAAGUUAAUAAGUGCUUCUCACGAAAAGUCCUUUUUAACUUAAAUAAGCUAACCCAAACACCCCCUUGGUUUCAACCUCUCUUCUCGCACACCAGGUACAACUUACCUAUUCGCCUAAUCCAAUUUCUUGAAUAUUAUACCAAUUACUAAAACUCUUAUUCAAUCCCUUACUGUCUGUCUUCAUAUAUUGAAAAUUGAAUAUGUCUACUUUGUUUACAUCUCUUCAAUUUGAAGUACUCAUACCGAUUUCGAUGUCGUAGUUUUAAGUUUUCAGCAAAGAUUUACAUAACCCAUUUGAGGAAUCUACAAAUUUGUUGUUUACUUCCUCCACCCAAUUUGUUGCUAGGCCCCAAACCACCAUUUGCUCAGGGAUGCCGACAGGAGACAAAAGAAACUUUAAUUCAAACAACACCACCAAUCAGCCUCAACGCUUAAUCAAUGCCGAUCAGAAAUUGAGCAACAGAGAAGAUCUUUGCCCAUCGCUUCAGUUGAGAAAAGGCUUGUAGAAGAGGUUCGGAAAAAUGAUACCUUGAUAAUUGUCGGUGAAACUGGAAGUGGGAAGACAACACAUUAAAUUAAAUAUGUCGGGUAACGAUGAACACGAAGAUGAAGUUAGUUCAUUUGGUUCGGGCAAACAUUCUUCCGUGGUUUGGAGCUAUUUUGAUAAAUUACCAGUUGGACCCGGGGGAAUUCAGAAGGCUAGUUGUACGGGUUGUGGAAAAGUGUUUAGUGCCAAUUCGGGAACAUCUAAUAUGAAACGACAUCUUCCCAAGUGUUUUGAUCUUAAUGAACCCGGUCCACCAAAAAAGCGUGCCCCGUUGGAUCAAGAAAUGUAUAGGGAGAAAUUAGCAUACUCUAUCAUCAAGCACAACUACCCUUUCAGCUAUGUUGAACAUAAGGGAACAAGAGAUUUGCACAAGUUUUUACACCGCGAUGUGAAGCCCAUAACAAGAAACACUGCGAAGGCGGAUGUCCUCAAAAUAUAUGAUAGAGAGAAGACAAUUCUUAAAGAAAAAUUACAAAAAGUAAAUGGUAGAGUAUGUUUGACUACUGAUUUAUGGAGUUCUAUCACGACAGAUGGGUAUAUGGCUCUAACGGCUCACUACGUUGAUGAGAAUUGGGUUCUAAGAAAAAAGGUCUUGAACUUUAAAGUUAUACCACCUCCGCAUAGUGGUAAAAUUUUAGCAGAGUACAUGAUUAACUUUUUAGCAGAUUGGGGCAUUCAGAAAAAAGUUUUUACGAUCACAUUAGACAAUGCUAAAUAUAAUGAUGUUUUGGUAAAUUGUUUAAGCAGUCACUUGCGUUUGAAUAAUGUGUUAGUUUGUGAUGGGGAUUUUACUCAUGUACGUUGUUCUGCACAUGUGUUAAACCUUAUUGUUCAAGAGGGCUUGAAGGUAAUUGAAGGAGCUAUUGAGAAGGUGCGAGAGUCGGUGAAGUUUGUUAGAGGAAGUGGUGCAAGAAAGUAUAAGUUUGCAGAAUGUAUACACCACCUUUCAUUACAAUGCGGGAAAUAUGUGCGUCAAGAUAUUGUAACUAGAUGGAAUUCUACAUAUCUUAUGCUCGAUAGUGCGUUGGCUUAUCGUAAAGCUUAUGCUCGGUUAGCACUAGUUGAUUCUAGUUAUAAGAGUUUUCCAACAGAAAAAGAAUGGGCAAGGGUGGAAACAAUCACAGAAUUAUUGAAGCCUUUUUAUAACAUUACAACUUUGUUUUCUGGUAGCUCUUAUCCUACUUCCAACCUAUAUUUUCAUAACGUGUGGAGAAUUCAGAUGCGUAUUGAAGACGCUAUCAACAACACUGAUAAUGUGAUAAGUGGCAUGGCAAAAGAAAUGAAAAAGAAGUUUGAUAAAUAUUGGGAAAAUUAUAGCAUGGUGUUGUCUUUUGCAGUUGUUCUAGAUCCGCGAUAUAAGUUUAAGGUUGUUGAAUUUUGUUUUAAAAAACUUAAUAUGGAGGACAAAGUGCGCAAAGAGAAAUUGGACAUUAUUUUCAACGGUAUGCAUAAGCUAUAUGAUAAGGAGUAUGGUAUCUUUUCAACGACAAGUUCUUCAACUGUCAAGAGUUCAAAUACUAGUGUCAGCACAAGAGACGACUUGGAUGGAUUGGAGUCAUUUACAAGCGAAUUUAAAAAGGUUGAGAACGAAAAAUCACAAUUAGACAUGUAUUUGGAGGAGCCUGAACUUAAUAGGAGAGAAGAACUUGACGUCUUACAAUAUUGGAAGGAUAAUCAAGGUAGAUAUCCUCAAUUGUCUCUCAUGGCUCGUGAUAUAUUGAGCAUCCCAAUCACUACUGUUGCUUCAGAGUCAUCUUUUAGUAUCGGGGGACGGGUUCUAAGUAAAUACCGAACUUCACUGCUUUCAUCAAGUGUCGAGGCUUUGUUAUGUGCUCGUGAUUGGUUGUUCGAUUUAGAAGAGGAAGAUGAGGAUGAUACAGAGGAUGGACUUGCAGAAGAUAUUGAAGCAUUGUAUCCAACGUAUCAAAGUAGCCAAGUUUAGGGGUCGUGGGACUACGUAGCUUGAUGGUGAGGUUGAAUGGACCGACUUAUGUUAUGAUGAUUUUGGAGAUUUGUGUUUAUGUUUUGGUUAUAUUGUAUGUUCGUGGUUCCUUAUGUUUUGUAUGCGAUGAUUUUAGAGAUAUUAACGCUUGGUUAAGAUUAACGAACAUAGUGAUUGUGUCGGAAACUUGAGCGAGAAAGAUUUGGGAUUGCCUUUGAAUCUAAAUCUUUGACAUAUGAUUUUAGUGCUUUCAUGGCUGUUUUUUCGUAUGAUUUUAUUGCUUGGAGUUGCUGAAAUUAUUAGGCUACCAAGCACAUCUUCACUUCCUUCGGGUGAUGGUGAAAUGCCAAACGGUAUUCGGCCAAUGAAAAUUCAGAGACCUUGUACUCCUCUCAUUGAUGCAGUUGCUGCUCAUGACGAAAACAAGUUGGAUAGCAAACAUGAAGCUGCUAAUGCUUAUGCUGAUGCAGGUCAUUGCUAUAAGAAAACAAACACUACAGAAUUGCCCCAAUAUUUGUAUAACGGAGGAUUCUGUCAGAAUGGAGGAAUAAUUGGAAUUACUCAACCAAGACGUGUUGCUGCAGUAACUGUUGCAAAACGUGUAGCUGAAGAACGUGGUGUCGAAUUGGGCCAGCAAGUUGGCUACUCCAUUAGGUUUGAGGAUAUGACCUCCGCUUUAACCAGGAUUAAGUACAUGACAGAUGGACUGCUAUUGAGGGAGGCACUUUUGGACCCUAAGCUUUCAAGGUACUCAGUUAUAGUCGUUGAUGAAGCUCAUGAAAGAACAGUUCAAACUGACGUGUUGCUAGGUUUGCUUAAAGAUGUACAAAAGAAGAGAUCUCAAAAUUCUAACGGGGCAUCGGGUACUUAUGAUCACGUGAAGAAGGACAACAAUGCGAAAGAAAAAUCUAACGAGAUACAUAUGGAGGAAGGGCCUGGUGAUAUACUUGUUUUUUUAUCUGGUCAAGAAGAGAUUGAAUCCAUUGAGGGUCUUGUGCGUGAAAAUCUCAAGAAAUUACCUGAAGCCAAUCAGAAACUCUCAAUUUAUCCAUUGUUCUCUUCUCUUCCAUCGGAGAAGCAAAUGAAAGUUUUCACACCUGCUCCAGUUGGGUUCAGAAAGGUUAUACUGGCAACAAACAUUCAGUAACAAUACCAGGAGUCAAGUAUGUUAUUGAUCCUGGAUUGGUAAAAGUGCGCAGUUACUCUCCUGACAGUGGGAUCGAAUCUUUGAUUGUUGUUAAAACUUCGAAAGCUCAAGCUCUUCAAAGAAGUGGACGUGCAGGGCGUGAAGGACCCGGGAAAUGCUAUCGUCUUUAUCCAGAAAGCAGAUUUGAGGGACUUGAUGAUUCCACAGUGCCAGAGAUCAAACGAUGCAAUCUUUCAAAUGUUAUUUUGCAACUUAGUGCUCUUGGCGUUGAUGAUAUAAUCGGCUUUGACUUCCUGGAGAAACCUGACAGGAUGGCUGUUAUCAGAUCACUGGAAUUAUUGUACUUGUUAGGAGCAUUGACCGAUGAAAAGAAAUUGUCAGAUCCGAUUGGAACUCAAAUGGCACGUCUUCCAUUGGAACCAAAUGAUUCAAAGGCACUAAUUUUAGCCAGCCAGUUUGAUUGUUUGGAAGAAAUGUUGAUUGUCGUCUCGAUGCUAUAAGUGGAGUCAAUCUUUUAUGUUCCUCGUGACAAGUUAGAAGAGUCACGGACCGUCAUUAAAUCUUUCUCAAGCCCAGAGGGAGACCAUUUGACGUUAGUUAACGUGUAUCAUGCUUCUAUUGAGUUUUUGGAGAAGAACAAGACAGAGAAUGGUAAUGAGAAGGCUGAAAAGAAUUUGAGGAAAUGGUGCAAGGAUAACUACAUUAAUAAUCGUUCAUGCUCGUGACAUUUACAGUCAAAUUCGGGAAAAUGUAGAACGAAUGGGACUUAAGAUAUCUUCAUGUGGAGAUGACAUGCUUCAGCUCCGCAGAUGCCUUGCUGCUUCAUAUUUCCUGAAUGCAGCCUGAUGGUACAUACAGGGUUUUGGCAAAUGGUCAGAUUGCAGAGAUUCACCCAACUUCCGUUCUACGGCAUUCAAAACCCGAGUGCAUUAUUUUCUACAAUUUAGUUCAAACAACACGUAAUUAUGUGCGCAAUGUUACUAGAAUUGAUUAUUUGUGGCUAGCUGAGCUGGCCCCUCAAUGUUAUGCCUUAAAGGACGACUAGAGCUAAAACCAUACGAUAAAAUUGGAGGUGGGCAUAUGCGUUGAUUGGAGAGAGGCAUAUAAUUUCAGGGGCUUGCAUUGCGAUUUUCCGGCUUCUUUCCUUUUUGUCAAAGGAAACAAGAAAAUUCAGGUGCAUUCUUGAUGAUGUUUAAGUUAGGAAGUGGAUGAGACGAUCGUGGCAGUGAAGAUCGGUGGCAUAUACGUUUGUGUUUUUUAUUUUUCUGAUGUUAAGAAAUUGAUUCUACCAUCUCUGGGGGCCUUCAACAUGGAUUUUAGUCUUGUUAACCAUUUUGCUAUAAAGAGUCAUUUUGUGAUAA